AUGGCUCGCAGUGUGCUCGGCAUCCGCCGGGCUAAAUCAUUCGAUAUCAUUGACAGCUUCAUUUGCGACUGGACUUCGGCCGAGUGCAUGCUCCGAGCUGGGGCUGACAUUGUCAUUUCACAACCACACAAUGGCGUCUAUCGCCCACGUCGCAAGCCCUUGACCCAGGAGCAGAAGGACUUUCUGUCCUCAGCUCUCCGGGUAAACCAGGCUGGAGAACUCGCAGCGACGCUCAUUUACACCGCCCAAACCCCACCACUCGUAAAUCGACACCCUCACCUCCGACCCUUGAUGGCGCACAUGUACGACCAAGAGGAGGGGCAUCUUAAGACCUUCAACUCUCUUAUCCACAAGCAUCGUAUACGUCCGACUGCCCUGUAUCCCGUGUGGCAGGUCAUGGCUACAGGUCUGGGUUGGGGUACGGCUGUGAUGGGUCGCGAGGCAGCCAUGGCCUGCACGGAGGCUGUUGAGACUGAGAUUGGCGACCACUACAACAAUCAGAUCCGAACUCUGUUAGAGAUGGUCAGUGAGUGGGAGGCGGAGGGGUAUGAAGUUGGCCCCGAAUUUUCGGAGCUCAUCAAGACGCUGCGGAGGAUCAGAGACGAAGAACUUGAGCACCUCGACCAUGCUGUCGAACAUGACGCCAAGAAGGCCGAGCCGCAUUGGCUGCUGACUGGCGUCAUUCGCGCGGGCUGCAGAGGGGCCAUUUGGGUCAGCGAAAGAGUAUAA